UUUCGAACUGUUGUUUUUUUUGUGUGCCAACAAAAACUGUAUGAAAUCUAACGGUGGGAAACUAAUCUAUGUAAAUGAUUAUGAUUUUUUUUUUCCGUUUAGAUAGAAAGGGAGAAAAAUGAGUGGAUAACAAAACAACUGAAUCUGUUUGCUUGAGUUGAAGCAUCAAGAGACAGAACAGAAAUGGCUUCUUCUUCUUCCAUCUCCUUCUCAUGCGCACCUUCACUCUUCUCCAUCAAACCCAUCACCUCUUCUUCUUCUUUCCCAAAGCAGCUCUCCUCUCGAUUCCUAGGAACCCGAAACUUAAAGAUUCGAAUCCGACCCAACAGACUCGGACCCUCCAACGGUUCAAGAACCACCUGCUGGUUCAAGUUCGGCAAGAACGGCGUCGAUGCUGAAAGUGCCGGAAUCUAUGGUAGUCAAACACGCGAUGACUUCGACAAAGACGACGUUGAACAGUACUUCAAUUACAUGGGGAUGCUUGCGGUAGAAGGUACAUAUUCAAAGAUGGAAGCUCUUCUUAACCUAAACAUUCAUCCAGUCGAUAUCCUAUUGAUGUUGGCAGCCACGGAAGGUGACAAACCUAAGAUCGAGGAGCUGCUUAGAGCUGGUGCUAGCUACUCGGUCAAGGAUGCUGAUGGAAGAACCGCUAUAGACAGAGCUAAUAGUGAAGAGAUUCGUGACUUGAUCCUUGGCUACUCCACUCAGAAGGCUUGAAUGUUCCUGAGUUUUUUAAAGAAAUGUUGUGCUAGAACAAACUGUCUUUAUGAGUUCCCCGGAUGAGUAGGUUAUAAAAUCCAUCUUCUUUUGCUUCCUUUUUGUCUUUCUCGCCUGUUUUUUGUUUCUUCCUUGGAGGUUCUUCUGUGGGGUUUGGUGUUAUUUCGGCGAAAGGUCUUUUCACACGUAGGAAAGCCACCUUGGUUGCUCUGCAACUCGGUUUGAUUGUGUCUGCGUUGAUUUUUGCCGGAGUAACAGGCUUUGUAGAUUCAUCAUCUGGUUUUUCUAAAUCUUCUGGUUCUGCCUUGGCAAUGAGA